AUGGAUAACUUUGAAGAAAUCGAAAGAAGCUACAAAGAAAUCGAAGAUGAAAUAAUAAGAAGGAUUGAUGAUUUAUGCGGUGGUAAUUACUUAAAAAUAAAGGAUGAGAUUAUAAUGCCACAUAUGAGUGAUGAUUUGAUUAAUAAGAUAAAAAUAUUGAAUAUGCAUAUAAAUGAUAAGAGUAAUGAAGAAUUAUUUGAGAAGAGGGUGACAAAUGAGAAAGUGAUGCAAAUAAAUGAUAAGUUGAUUUAUUUAUUAUGUGAUUAUUAUAUUAAUAAGAAAGAGAUAGAUAAAUUAAUUGAGUUCACAACAAGUAAUGAGAAUUAUUUUAAUAUAUUACCCCAAGCAAAGACAGCUAAAUUGAUUAGGAAUAUUGUUGAGAAGAUAUCUAAAAAGAUACGUAAUAUAAGUACAUUGUAUAUUAUAUUUAAGAAGUAUAUGAAUUGGGCAUAUGAGAAGAAAAGGAAUUUUUUAAGAUGUAGAAUAGAAGUAAAAAUAAUAAUAUUAUAUAUAAUAAAACAGAAAUACAAAACGGCUUUAAGUCUUAUUGAUAGAUUAUUAAAAGAAGUAAAGAAAGUUGAUGAUAAAACUUUAUUAUUAGAGUUAUAUAUUGUUCAAACGAAGAUAUAUAUGUUAUUAAAGAAUUCAACAAAAAUGAAAGCUUCAUUGACAUUUGCGAAGAAUAUAGCAAAUACAAUAAAUACAGCUAUAUAUAUUAAUAGUGAGAUUGAUUUAUUAUCUGGUAUAUUAUUUAUAUAUGAGAAAGAUUAUAAGAGUGCAUAUAUAUAUUUAUAUGAAUGUUAUGAAACUUUAUAUACAUAUAUAUAUAAUAGUCAUAAUAAUACAAUCGAUUUUUUAAGUAAGAAGCAUAAUGAUUUCUAUUCUAUAAUAAUACAUAAUAUUAUAAAUACAAGUACUAUAUCAUCUCAAAAUAAAACAAAGAGUAUAAGUCAGAUAAGUCCAUUUUUAUUAUCAUUUUACACAUUCUAUGAAUAUUAUGAUACAAACAAUAGUAUAUUAUCAUUAGAUGAGAUGAAUAUAACAUCAAAUAAUGUUAAUUUAAUAUAUAGUGAUGUGAUAUAUAAAAUAUCAUCAUCAUAUGAAGAACUAGAAGAAGAUAAAAUAUAUUGCAUAACAAAUCCUAUAGAACUAAAUUAUGAAUUAAUACAAAAAUUGAGUAUGGACACAUAUGGAAAUAUAAUAGAAACAAAAGUGGAUGCAAGAGAAAGUAUUUCAAAUGGAGAAAAUCACAACAAAGAAAAUAUGAUCAACAACAACAACAAUAAUAAUAAUAGUAAUAAUAGUAAUAAUUAUAAUAAUAAUUAUUAUUAUAGUAGUAGUAGUAGACGUGGUUAUAAUAAUUUUUUUAUUUUACCACCUAAUUAUGAUUCAAAAGGUAUAGUCAAUUUUGGUCUUAACUUAAAUAUAGAAAAUGUCAAAAUUAUCGUACCUUUAAAAUAUAUGUUGUUAUGUAAAGUAUUAGAAGAAAAUAAUAGAAAAGAAAUAAAUAAUAUAUUGUGUGAAAAUAAUAAAUUAAAUUAUGUACCUCAUAAAGAAAUACAAAUCUUAUUAGAUAUAUCAAAAUCUUAUGAAAAUAGAUCAUUAGAUAUUUUUGAGAAAAUUAUAAAAAAUAGUUUAUUCCUUAUUAAUAUAGAUAAAGUAAUAUAUAAUUAUCUAAAAGAAUUAUACGAACUGUUACUAGAAAAAAAUAUAUUAAAAAUUAUUGAAGCAUAUAGUUGUAUUGAUUUAAAUUAUAUAGGAGAAAAACUCAAUUUAGAUAUUAAUAAAAUUAUUUCAAAAUUAUCAGAAAUGAUAUUAGAUAAGAAGCUAAAUGGUACUCUUGAUCAAAAUGUUGGAAUAUUAAUUUUAUAUGACGACAUGCCAGAAACGAAAAUGUAUCAAAAUGUUUUAGAUAUAAUAAAUAAUUUAACUGAAUCUGUAGAUAUAUUAUAUGAAAAAGCUCAAUUGACAAUAUAA